AUGUCUUGGAAGUUCCCAAUUGAAAGCAAGAUCAUUGUGGUCACAGGCGGUGGAUCUGGCAUUGGGCUUUCAUAUGCUCUUCUGGCACAAUCAAAAGGAGCAAAGGCCGUCAUUGUAGCUGAUAUCACCCUUACGGAGGAUGCAAAGCUCGCGAUCAAGGAUCACACUGCAAUUGAAUUCGUUCAUUGUGAUGUUACCAAAUGGCCCGAUCUUCAAAACCUAAUCAAUGUGUCAAUCAACAAGUUCGGCGACGUUCCAGACGUUUUUGUUGCGUCAGCAGGCGUCUUUGAACCGCCCUACUCAAACUUCUGGGAGGACCCUGAGCCCCUGGAGAGCAAUGGCUACAAACAUAUUGACAUCAAUGUCAACCAUCCAAUCAAGCUCACAAGGCUUGCCAUUCGCGCCUUUCUGGGCAGAAAUAAGCAAGGCGUAGUAGCCAUUGUCGGAUCCAUUGCGGGAUAUAGCAAACAAUAUGCAGGGCCUAUCUACAGUGCCACAAAGCACGCCGUUGUAGGCUUCACCAGGAGCCUCGGAUCCGCGCAAGAGCUGCAGGGUGUCAAAGUAGUGUGCAUAUGUCCAGGGAUUGUGACAACUCCCAUCUGGACAACUGGCACCCCGGGAUCCGGUGAGCGGUUCGGUGUGGACUCUUCCGUUGCCAUUACAUCUGAAGAGGUCGCCAAUGCGAUAAGUGGCGCGGUAGAAUCUGCUGAUUAUCCUGGCGGGACCAUUUUAGAAGUUUCUCAGGCCGGGAGAAGAAUCAUUCCGGAGUGGAAUAUUGCCCCUCCUGGCUUGAUCGAUGGGAAGAUGGGAAAGGGAACAACUGUCCCGCCCGAGGCAAUUGCCAAGGCGCUAGGACCAAUCCUGGCUCGCACUGCAGCUGAGAAAGGUCAACCAAAUUGA